UAAAAGUUCGGAAGAGUCUCGGCCGCACGCCACACGCGUGAAAGCUCGCAAGUGAAACGCCGCUCGACGUUCUUCUUUUUCUACGUGCCUCACAUUUCGGGAGUACAUAUCUCUGAAUCGUUCACGCGGGAGAGAAUGCGUACCACGGUAAGCACGCUUCUCGCGAUCGCCUGCUCGUCGCUGGUAUUGGCGAAACCGGCGCCGGAGCCUCCGGUGAACUCAUACUUUCCACCCUCCGGCGGCGGCGGCGGCGGCGGCGGAGGCGGUGGUGGCGGUCUGUCCGGCAGCUACGGGCCACCUGCGGACCGUUACGGACCACCGCAGCAGACUCCGGUGAUUCACAAGCAUGUAUACGUGCACGUGCCGCCGCCAGAAGUGCCGGAGUACAAGGCACCGAAACAUGUGCCGCAACCCUCGCCGCCGCAGAAACACUACAAAAUAGUCUUCAUCAAGGCGCCGACGCCACCGACGCCGACCGCGCCGGCAUUGCCACCUCUGCCGCAGCCUGACGAGGAGAAGACGUUAAUCUACGUGCUCGUGAAGAAGCCGGAAGAAGCGCCCGACGUUGUGCUGCCGACGCAAGCACCGACGCAGCCCAGCAAACCCGAGGUUUACUUCAUCCGCUACAAGACGCAGAAGGAAACACAAGGCGGCGAGUACGGUCCACCGGGCCACCAACCGGGACCCGUCGACAGUUACGGAGCACCAGGGCCGCAGGGCAACGGGCCGUAUUAAAGUCACGCGUACAAAUGAUUCCAUCCGUCGGAUCCGUUAUCCUUAAAAAUCGGCAUUUUCUAAAGAGAGAGAAGGAGAGAGACCAUCUUGCGGGGGACUAUUUUUUCGAUCGUCACUUCGCAACGUAAUGCGAACGCAAGUCCGGAUACCUGAUAGGGACUUCAUAUCGUAGAAGGAAUGUCGCCUAUUUUCCGCGCAGGAUAGGCCGCUUGGUAUUUAAAGGUACUAUUCACGACGUUCCGCGCACAUACGCAUGGUUCUCGAGCGACUGACCGUAUAUACCGAGUUACACACUGGUAGUAGUUAUUCUCGCAAAGGAAAUGUAAACAAAUCAUUUCGCACGAGACGUCGAUAUUUCUUUUGUAUGUAUCUUUUAAGAAAAUAAUUGAAAAAAAAAAUACAUUUUUUUAUAUCAAACAA